GCGAUUGAUGAUUGCACGGGAUUGUGCCGUGCGGACCCCAGGCUCCUCGUGCUGCCGGCGAUGAAUGAUUGGACGGGACCGUUCCGUCCUUGACUACACCAUCCAGAUGCACCGCCUCUUGCCCCUGAUAGCUUCAGCGUACGGGUUCCAUUUCGCCGGCGUGGAUCUGAAACUACGCCUUCGGAGACUGGAGAGAGAGCACGUCCACGGCCUUCCCCCGCUGGCGGGGGAGAAGGGGGCGGGCGACACGCUCAAGCAGUUCCACGCUACCAGCUCCUGCCUGAAGGGCUUGUGCUCCGGGCUUACCGCCGCCGGCAUCGAGGACUGCCGCAAGGCCUGUGGGGGGCACGGGUACCUGCAGAGCUCCGGCCUGCCCGAGCUCCUGGGGACCUACCUGCAGUCGUGCACCGUGGAGGGGGAGAACCACAUGCUGACGCAGCAGGUGGUGCGCGUUUUGCUCCAAGAGCUAGCCGCCGCUCGACAAUCUGGAGCAGUCGGUAACGACUGCGUCUACAUGUCGCGCCUUGUUCGCGGAGAGGGGAAGGGGCGUCGGCGUUGCCCGGUGAGGUCUCCCAAAGGCUUCCGCGAUUCCGUGGUACUGGAAGCGGCGCUAGAGCACCGCGCGUUCCGGCUGCUGGUGCGGGUGGAGGGCCGCCUUCGCAUGGAAAGGGAGGCGGGGAGUUCGCCCGCGGAGGCUUGGAACCUCGCACUCAUCGAGAUUUAUCGCGCGAGUCACGCCCACGCCUACCUGCUGGUGUUCAAGGCCUUCAAGGCGGUAGUGGAUGCGGCUGGAGAUUCCGCCAGCGAUGACACACCGGUGCACCACGAAUAUCAACCUCAGCACGCCCUCGAUGGCCACACCUCCUACGCUCUGGAGCUCCUGCUGCUCCUGCUAGGCCUGUACUGGCUGCAGAACGACAUGGGAGACUUUGUCGAGGACGGUUUCCUUGACGGCGAUCAGGCGGGAUGGGUGCGGGACCAGGUGGUGGAAGUGCUCCAUCUUCUUCGGCCCAUGGCGGUAUCGUUGGUGGACGCUUGGGACCUAAGUGACUUCCAGCUCAACAGCGCGCUUGGAAGGUUCGACGGCCGGGCCUACGAAGCGUUGCUCGAAACGACGGAGCGUAACCCGUUGAACGGGCGAGAUCCGGUUCAAGGGUACGAAGAGCACCUCGAACCGGUCAUCCGCGGAGCAAGGGAGGCGAGGCUUGCUGCUGAGGCAGCCACAGGCGCGUCGAGAGACUCCCGGGGCGUUGCGGGCCCUCGCGCUAAGCUCUGAAUGUUCCGUAGCGCUUCGCGUUGAACGCCGCCCGGCUUGCGCUGCGUCAAUUGGCCUCUUUUCUCUCAUGCUCUGAAAAUGAGGCACAAGGAAAAGAUGGGCCAAGUGUGUGACGAUCUUUCCCCGACCCCCGACAGAGACAUAACAUUUUUUCUUUUUUGUGUUUCUUUUUUUCGAUUUCAUCUUUGAUGCGAGGAUUCGGCGGGGGUGUGCGGGUAGUUAGCUUUUUCCUUGUUUGUUCGUCUUGGAAUGGAGCAUACAGAUAUCACCGGUAUCUUGGUCUGUCUACCAAGGCUAUUACCUUGUACUGGAGUUCGUUUAGGAGUACUUUCACCAUGAUCCUCCUUGUUCUCGCUACCAUCAAUCUGAUCCUCAUUUUGGCAAGAAUCUCUGGGCAGUUCUUCCCUAGCCCUACGUUUUUUGUUUUGGAAAAGGUCAUCUGGCUCAAAGCCUUUGCUCUCUUCCACUCCUCCAUAUUUUCCUCCUCCAUCGUCGUCUUCGCCCUCCUUCCUCCCCCUUCCCUUUCCUUCGUCUCCGUCACUCCCAAAAGAAUCACCCUCAUUACUACCGUUGUCGCAGAGAUCCCAACCGAUUGGCCCUGGUGGAAGUUGGUCGAUCAGUUUGUGUGUGUUUUUUUUGCUUCUUAAUCUCACACGACAAAUCCAUCUCAAUAGAAAUAAGUCUAAGUGUCUAAGUGUGGAAAAAGGGGUUUUAUCCUCGACAGACGUUGGGGAGUUUCAACCUUUUAUGAAGGUGGUCUCCACAUUACCUCCCCCUUUUUCGAGGUUUCUUCUUGUUUGCUAGGCAAGAGAAGUGUUCGCCCUUUUUCGAGGCUUCUUGCUUCUUGUUUGCUAGGCAAGAGGAGUCUUCUUGGGGUAACCGGAACCCGACCGCCUGGCGGCGAGUAGAAUCACAUUUUUUUCCAACAAUCUUCUGUGCGUGUGUGCGGGUGCGCGCUUUUUCCGCCACGCAUUGCCAGAAGUUUCGAGUUCGAUAGAUCGUGCAUCGUUUUCUUGGCCCACCCAUCGUUUUUCUUUUUUCCGUACUCCGGAAGAAAAUUAGGUGAGAAGCGGGUUUUGAACCCGUGUCUUUUACAACCAAAAGCAAAUACACCUUACAUCUCUUCGUCGACGCCAUUAUGGAAAAAGGCGUU